CAAGCAUUCUUAAAGUGCUGAUUCAGGCAUAAUCAACCCUGGAACACAUUGCGAAAUGUUUACGUGUUGAUGUGCUUGUUUUGUGCCGGUACAGACGGAAAUUCACCUAUAAAAGCCAGCACUUGCCAGUCUGCACUCACCGUCUGAUAGAUCUGAUAAUAUUGUUUCUACGCCACUUGAUAAGAUCGCACGACGUAACAUUUUAAAAGUUGAACAGCGUUGGCUAUUUUUGUACGUGCACGGCGCUAAUCGCGGCCAAGUGACCAAUCGCCGGCGCGGAAUAUCCCGCUGCAUCGAGUACGAGAAAUUUCCUGAUUGUGCGGUAGCCAAUUGCGCGGCGGAGGAGGCGGAGUCCCAGCUGGCCUUUGUCCAGGCGUGCGUGUUCUGACGCGCUUAUCAGCGUGCGAUAUUUUCCACUGAUCGCCGAGUUUUGCCCAUCAUUCAUGUUUUUGAGCAAAAUUUGCAAGCUGAAACCAGAAUUUUUGACAGCCAUAAUUUGAUUUUGCAAAAGCAGAUCAUUGACUUCGGAAUCUUGGAACUUUUCUGACGAAUAUUUUACCGAUUCCAUCCAGUUCUGACGACGGAAGUGGUGCUGCUGUUAAAUCUUUGAAUAUUUGGAAAUAAUCCGUUAUUUUCCUUGAGGGAUUAAAUAAUUAUCAGGAUAAUUUCAACUUGAGAAUAAGCGAUGGCCGUGGUGAAAUCGAGUGAGACGUCGGCGUCGAAUAAUUCCCUGAAGAGCAUGGACACCAGCGAGAACAGUCCCGCCACCAACGGGAAGACGCCGUUGGGCGCGCGGAAGAGCGACGAAGCCGGUCGUGGAGCGAGUAAAUUGGCCGACAUGAAGACACUGCAGGAGCUGGAUAAGACCGUGGUGGACGAUGCGGACUUCCUGGCCUGGCUCAACAAGAACAACUCGGACGCGUCCGACCCGACGCGUUACUAUAUGGAGCAUUCCCGCCGGGAUUCCAAGGAUUCCCUGCAUAAUUACGGGCUGGGCGAGCGCAAGACGUCCUCGGUAUCCAACAAAUCGCAUUCUCCGGACAGCGAGGGGGAGCACCGCCACAGCCCGGUGGGGCACAUCCUGCACGCGCUGCACCUGGACCGUAAGGCGCGCCGGCACGCCAAGAAACGCCGCGCCCUGAACACGGCGCAGGCGCUGGAGCAGCUGGACAUGGAGCGCUGGGAGGCCAAGAUCCGGCAGGAGCACGACGACGUCGACGGCAGUCCGUCGGCGCCCCGCGAAAGGUCAGCAGCGUCCCGGCACAGCGCCUCGCAGUCUGAUAGCGAUAGCGGCUCAGACGAUUCUGGUGAGAGCGACACCGGCGCCCACGCCGCUGCCGCUUCCUCCUCCGUCCCGCUGGCGCUCCUCAAUCCCGAUCUCAUCCAGCGCAACGCCGCCGAACACUCCGGGAAUCUGUCCGCUGCCUUCGCCGCCGCCUCGCAUCACUCUGACGAAGACGUUCCCUUGUCGUCGGAGCGGAUCGACCAGAUGAUCAAAGAUUCCCAUAAACACGAUGCCGAAUUAUCAUUGGACGACAAAGACGCCAAACGGGAAGGCACGGUGGUGUUUGGCGUGGAGCGGGAUGAAGCGCGGCCUAAUAAUAUUGAGAUGAAGGUGCUAGCUUGAGGAUGGCCGCUGUAAAGGUCACUUGUCAUGCCCGUUACAUUUUUCGUGAUUUAUCUGAAUUUAUGUCACGAUUUGGUUUACAAUAUUUUUUUUCUCAGUUUUAUUGAUGUGUUUCCGGUAAUAUAUUUUAUUAAAUUGGAUAUUUUAGUUUUCGAAAAUGCCUGUUUUGAGAUUAAUGUGUAAAGGUCACUUACACGUCAGAUGUUUUUCUGUGAUGUUGUGCACUAUUUUAUUUCUUUUCACUAUUUUAAUUGAUCACUAUGCACUAUUUUAAUUCUGAUCAAAAAUUGCCGGUGUGUUUUUGCUGGCGACAUUGAUUGUAUAGUUGCUGUACAGACAAUUGAUGGGAGAUUAAAGCGUUUUGUGUUUC